AUGGUGCCUAAAACCGCUAUUACACUAGCUGCUGCAUUUUCUGCUGUGGCAGCAGCGGCAGCAUCUAUUGAAAAAAGGAUAACUGGAGGAGAAGAAGCACAGGAAGGAGAGUUUGGACCCAUCGUUAGUAUCCAGUCGCAGAAUGGUCAUUUUUGCGCCGGCAGUUUAUUGGAUAGCACUACUGUUCUUACUGCUGCUCAUUGCGCCAGCAACACUUACGAUGAUGACCGACCUGUCAUUGCGAGGGCAGGAACGCUAGACCCGAAUACUGGAGGAGUAGAGGCAAAAGUCGUAGCCGCUCAUAGACCUGACCAUGAUAAAUUGAAUCUUACAGGAGAGUAUACAGAGGCUUACUGGCUUAAUGACAUUGCCAUCUUGAAAUUAUCAACUCCGAUCGAGAAGAGCGACAAAAUUGGGUAUGCGACGCUGCCAGCGGACGGCUCGGACCCCAUGGCCAAUUCUACCGCAAUAGCCGUGGGCUGGGGCACACAAGGUGCGAUUACACCUGUCCAGCAUGGCUGGGUAGCUAGUAAACUUAGCAAGGUCACCAUUCCUAUUCACGCACGGGAGAAGUGUUCGAAGCUGGAUUCGGGUGCUGCUGGUAGAGACACAAUAGUAUGCGCGGGUGGAGAUGGCAAAGGUAUAUGCAAAUUUGAUAGCGGUGGUCCUCUUAUUGACCAGAAAAUGGGAGAUUUGAUCGGUCUCUCGUCGUUCGGAAUAGAGGACGCAGAAGGCAACUUAUGUAACCUGGCUCCCGCAGUGUUCACCAGAGUCAGCAGCUACAUUCCUUUUAUUAAGGAAUAUCUUGGGGCGUCUGGUUAUCCUAGUUCUGAGGAAUUGAGGAUAAGAAAGGCCACCACGGAGGUGGGGAAACAUUGUAACCGGUUCCUUAACGACGCGAUUGCCUGUCGGGCCGCAGCAGGUCCCUGCAUAGCUGAAUGGAAACCCGACACAACUACUCAGGAGCUCCGCCAAUGCGUUGACAGAAUGCAAAUUUGUGCUGACCAACGGGAGCCGGGCAAACACGGUCAAUGCAUAAACAAUGCAAAGAUUUGCAUUGGACAGGAGGAUAUGACUCCCGGGGAUCUCGACGUGCUUGCUCAGUGUGCCAAGAAGGACCUCUAA